CGUUCUUUUUCUCCUGAGAUAAAGUAACCUCGCAUGUGUCUUCUCAAGAGUUUCAGAAUGGAUCGGAUUUGCCAUUCCUCAUUAAAAUCUUCUAACACCAAUUUAUCUGAGCCAUGCAAGUAUCCUCAUUAAUUUGUUUAGCUUCAUACACUUAAUGUGUCAACAAUUCUCAGUUAAUUCUGUUUUUAUUUUUUCUAAGGAAUUUUAAAAGAAACAAUGGAGAAAAUGAUUACUGAAUGAUGCAUAAAUGAGUUAUGUCUCUUGAGCCAUGAUAUACAGUAUGCAGUUGGUACCAUAUACAAAUACAUGGUUGUACCAUGGUCCUUUUUUGUUUGUUUACUUGCUAAAAAUGUAUUUUACUUUCUCUAUUUUUUGACUCAAAUUAUUAAUUCUGAGUACAUUUUACUUUCUUAAAAAAACCUAUGUUUUUACAUAUAAAUAUUUAUUUUGAUUGUCAUCAAAGCCUCAACACAUCUCAUCAUGUUUGCAACAACUUAUUUAUUCUGAUUUUAAAUGGCUGGUCUUUCUGGCAAUUGAGCACAAAGACUUGUUACUAAUAAACAAAGUAAACUUUGCCUUUAUUUUUCUUCACAAUACUGCUUGGUCUGCUGUUUGCUUCUGACAGUGGCAGUAAUUAGCCAUAUUUGUUGGCAUAAUGAAUCUCCUGUAUCCAUUAGGUUUCUUCUGGCACCUCAUUGGUACUUUCAAACAAGCCUUGCCAAAUCAUCUAUCUUAAGGAGAGAGAGAGGAAGGAAUUAAAGGAAAAACAUCAGCCCUGAACCAGCGACUGCAUAUGCUCCCCUGCAUUCUUCUCCAUGGCUUGACCUCCAUGCUUGCUGUGCUGAAGAUCUUUCCCUGGAGGGCUGUUUCCCUGACCUUAGCACAUGGAUUUCAAGACAUCAAAUGAAGAGACAAAGACUGGGAUUUAUUUGUUGCAAGAUGGUAACGAGGAACCUUUCAAUAUCCGUCUGCACCUGGCCAAAGAUAUUCUCACCAUUCAAGAGCAAGACGUCAUCUGUGUUACUGGAGAACCGUUCUACUCAAGUGAAAGAACAGUAACGAUCAGACGGCAAACAAUCGGAGGGUUUGGUUUGAGUAUCAAGGGUGGUGCCGAACACAAAAUCCCUGUUGUGAUAUCUAAAAUAUCAAAAGAACAGAAGGCUGAACUCUCUGGACUGCUGUUUAUUGGAGAUGGAAUUCUACAGAUAAACGGCAUUAAUGUGAGGAGCUAUCGCCAUGAAGAAGCGGUACAGGUUCUGCGUAAUGCCGGUGAGGAGGUGACUCUGACUGUGUCUUUCUUGAAGAGGACGCCUGCUUUUCUGAAACUGCCUCUCUCUGAAGACUGCUCAUGUAUAACCAGUGACCAGAGCAGUGGCACAUCAUCUCCAUUGUGUGACAGUGGUCUACACCUGAACUACCAUCCCAACAAUACGGACACUCUGUCGUGCUCGUCUUGGCCGAUGUCUCCCGGUCUGCGCUGGGAGAAGAGAUGGAUAGAUCUUCGAUUGAUCCCCCUCCUGCACGCACGUCUGUCCCAGUACAUCCCAGGUACUGACAUUUCCAGGCAAAAUGCCUUUCAAGUGAUUGCGGUGGAUGGCAUUUGCAGUGGGGUAAUUCAGUGCCCCGGUGCUGGAGAAUGCACUGACUGGCUGCAGGCAAUCGCUACUAACAUUUCUGCUCUAACCAAGCACAAUGUUAAGAAGACAAACAGGAACUUUCCAGUAAACCAGCAGAUCAUAUAUAUGGGCUGGGUGGAAGAGAAAGAGCAAGAUUCGGUUCAGGAUCUAAUGUACACACCAAAGUUUCUUGCCUUGAGGGGUUCGUCUCUCUUUAAAUUCUCGGCACCUCCAGUCACUACCUGGGACUGGACCAGAGCGGAGAAGAGCUUUACUGUCUUUGAGAUCAUGUUUAAGAUUCUUAAGGACAAUGAGCUAGUAGACAAACGAAAGCACUGCUUCAGCGUUCAGACGGACUCUGGAGAGGACAUCUUCUUCAGCGUGGAGCUCGAAUGUGAGCUGCUUCACUGGGAGAAAGCGUUUCAGAUGGCGACAUUCUUUGAAGUGGAGCGAAUACAGUGUAAAACAUACGCUUGCAUUGUGGAAAGCCAUCUCAUGGGACUCACCAUCGAUUUCAGCAUGGGGUUCGUGUGUUUCGACGCCGCGUCAAAGGCGGUGCUGUGGCGACAUAAAUUCUCUCAGCUUAAAGGAUCAUCAGAUGACGGCAAGAGUAAAAUCAAAUUUCUGUUCCAGAAUCAGGAUACGAAACUUAUUGAAGCGAAGGAACUGGAGUUCUCCAACCUCUUUGCGGUUCUCCACUGCAUCCAUGCGUUCUUCGCUGCCAAGGUGGCUUGUUUGGAUCCCAUGUUUGUCAGCAGCCAUAACGCUGCCAUGACUCCAGUGGUCUCCUCAGCGCCCACAAUAACAGCCACAUCACAGAUAUCAAAAGUAAAGUACACGAGCUGACAGACUCUUGUUUCAGAUUCACUCCUCCCAGACAGUCAAACGGUAAAACAAUGAGCAAAUGAUGGAUGUCCACUUUGCAAAGCAAAAAGACAAUUCAAGUAUCCAUUUACAACCUCUGUAUGCUUUCAUCUGGAUGAGAAUCAGACUCAAAUGUUAGCCAUGAUGCGAACAAGCUGGAAUAUGAAUGUCUGAAUUAUGAGUUAUAUUGAAGUUUCUAGUCGAAGGAAACCACACGGUUACGAUAUUAAAAUGGACCUUACCUCCCUUUCAGCUACAGAUACUGGGACAUUAGACAGUUAGACUCCUCCCUUUUGAUAUUGCGGUAUAUCUGUUUGCAUUAAAAGGAUAUUAACACUUCUUUACGUGUAUACUUUAGAAUAUUAUUUAAUCCGGUUAUCGAUUGGUAUGAACCUCUUGUGAAACUGCCAUGGAGUGCCACUAUAAAUGUUAUUGAAACUUUUGUAAAAUAGCUAUUUAGUUUAUGAGAGUAAUACCAGAUACCUUAUUUGUACCAUAAACACACCAGAAAUGAAUCUUUCAGAAUGUCCAUCUGUAACUAAUGUAAGAAAUCUAAUGGCUCUAGCAUAUUUUCUUUCCUGAUGGUUUUUUAUUUUAAAACUUACAACACUAUUAACAUUGACUCCUGUCUUACUACCCAGACAAACAACAGACUGGAGAACGGGUGAUUGUUAUUUUCAUAUUGUUCCUAUUUUGAUACUUUUAAGUCCUUUAUUAAGGUCCAAUCUUGAAAGUGAAUAUGAAGAACUUGGGUUUGAUGAAUGGAAGUGUAUGAUGUGACCUUUCUCGAGGGGGGAAAAAGUACUUGCUAAUAAAUGAAAU